AUGAAUGUGAUGUCUUGAAAGGAAAUUAUGCCGUGACCAUGGCUUAGGAAGGACGAAUAAGGCAUCAGGGCUGCGAAGUAAAAUUUAAAAAAAAAGAUAUAGCCUAGCUAAAAAACGGAAUGAAUCCUUCAUCUAAGAAGCUCAUUUAAAGAAAACCCAAAAGAGGUUCAGUGUCCUGGACAGCUCAGUGUCAUAAUGCUACUACAGACAAACUGAGGGGGAGAAAUGGUGGAGCCAGCACAACAACCUAAGGUUUUCUCAGAACACUGGAGUUUGUUUCUUCGCUGCACGAUAUGUCUAGGCUACCUACACGAGCCUCACACGUUAUCAUGUGGGCAUACCUUUUGUACCCGUUGCCUGAAAAAAUUGGCGGAGGUUACACAGGAGGAAAACCCAGAUGUUACCAUCAGACGUCUGAAACUGUCGUGUCCGACAUGCAGACACUCUAUUCCCGCCAAAAAGAUUCUCCAGGGCAAGUUAUCCACGUGCAUCAUUCUGAAGCAGAUGAUCGAGCUGUGGAAAAAAGAAACUAUGUUGCUUGCUUCCUCCACCAUUUGUCCACUUCGCACCAUCUGUACUCAGACAUGUUUGGACAGUGAGCCAGCUGUUUUGGAAAUGACUGCAGUGUACGAAAAAAACACAGAACGGCCUCAACAUCUGGAGGAAUACAUUGACCUCAUUAAGCAACGCGUUGCUGAAGCUAAGGAAGAAAUUGAGUUUGAUUCACAAGAAUUCGCUUAUACCAAAUGUGCAUGUUUGUGGUCAGAUGUCGAUGGAGGUCGUCAGCGAGGCAACCUGUCCCACGACAGCGACUCGUCAGCUAGCUCGGAAUACGAAAGCAGCGCGAGCCUCAGCAGUGCCUCAGUCCUAGACAUUUACUCACGAAUAAACCUCCCCCAGAUAACCGCCAUUGAUUGCACGCCGGGCCGCUUCGCCCUGAUGAUCAUUUGGUGCGUGUACUCCGUGGUCAUUGUUGGACUCGCCGAAGCUUUCUUAUCUUACAUCAUCUUGUUCACACUGUUUUUCUUUCUUAUAGUGCUUAAAUAACACUUCCAUUUACCGUCAGCCCUAGGGGUUAGAAUGGCUAAAAUAACAACGUUGACCAUUGUAGGCCUAUACUACAGUUCAAUUAUAAAUAUUAAUCCAGUACCCUAAAUCUCAUAGUAUUUCGACAUAAUUUGUUAGUAUACCGAGAAAUAUGUAUGUUCAACUGCUUUUAAAAUUACAUUUUUCAAACGACUUCUCUUUUAUUUUUUUCUUGAAUCAAAACAUUAAUUUUAAUAUAUGCCUACUGGUAUUUACAUACCUAUAUAUGUCUACACGCCUUAAACUCAAUUAAACUCAAAGAUAAAGUUUAUUUUUGAGAUAGGCUAAAUAAAGCUUAGAGAACACUGUGGAUAAAAUAUUGCAUGAUAUGUACUAUAUUAACAAAAAUAAGACAAUGUAUUAUUUAUAGUCAAUGUAACUAUACAGUGCUAAGCUUGUAAGGCUUUUGAAUUUAUACAUUUGACUUUUGUGUGUGUUAUCUGGUCAGACACACAUUUAGUAGAGACAAAAAAAAAGUAACGCUAUUCCAUAUUCUACUAGUUCAUUGCCGUGUGUUUUAAUAAAGAAGCUGUUAUGAAAACAAAAUCUAUUUUAAAGCGGAAAAACAAAAGAAUGAAGGAAGUACUUGGUUUUUUUAUAACUGAUGCAAGAAAACCAACCGAGAUGUAAACUUAGAAAAUAAAAUGAAAAUCAAAUGUGAAAA